AUGGAGAACAUACGAGAAGUUUUUUACGAAAAAUUUAACGCUAUAUUAAGUACAAAAAGAGAAGACAAUAAUUUUUAUUUGAGUACUGUAAAAUAUAACAAAUGUGUUGAAGACGUUCUCAAGUUUAAGGGGAAAGAAAGUAAGCAACGCGCCGUGUGCAAGUUAUUGAAAAGAUAUGAUGUCGUUAAAAUAAUGUCUCUCAACCAACUUAUUGUUCCAUUGAAACCUGGUGAAACAAAAAUAAUUUACUUCGUGAAAAAUGAAGAUUUAUUCGAUAUUAUCCAUGAUGCCCAUAUCAAAACAGGCCACGGAGGACGAACCCGUGUAAUUAGUGAAUUACAAACAAAAUAUAAAAAUAUAACAUAUGAAUCAGUUACAUUAUUUUUGAGCUUGUGUGUUCAAUGUCAAAGGAAACAAAAAGUCCCGAGAAAAGGGAUCGUCGUAAAGCCCAUUAUAAGUCGUGAACUCAACUCUCGAUGCCAAGUUGAUUUAGUCGAUAUGCAAACGUGUAAAGAUGGUGAGUACAAAUUUAUUCUCAAUUAUCAAGACCAUCUCACUAAAUUUAUACAGCUUAGACCAUUGAAGAGCAAGACAGCAGAGGAAGUAACCCUCAUGUUGCUGCCAAUUUUCCUCACUUUUGGUGCACCAAAUAUUCUGCAUUCAGAUAAUGGGAGAGAGUUUUCCAACAAAAUUAUUAUGGAUUUGUGCUCAAGAUGGGAGGGUGUAAAAAUUGUUCACGGUAAACCCCGUCAUAGUCAAUGUCAAGGUUCUAUCGAAAGAGCCAAUCAGGAUUUUCAAAAUAUACUCAGGGCCAUGAUGCAUGAUAAGAAUACAACAAAAUGGAAUAAAACAGACACCGUAUGA